GGCCCUCUGCGGCCGCCGUAGUUUCCCUGGCAGAAACCCGGAAGUGGAGCUCUCAGCCAUUCACCGUUCGGGUGAAGACGGAGGCGGGCUCUGGAGAAACGGAUGCUGUCAGGCAGUGUUUACUUCGCCUCCACUUAUGGUCUUCUCCGCCCAGGUGCUGCUCCGGGUCGCAUACUCGUCCUGAGCCGGCUUCAGCCUCUCCGCGCAGAAGUCUCCCGGAGCCAUGGCCGAGUACUCCUAUGUGAAGUCUACCAAACUCGUGCUCAAGGGAACCAAGGCGAAGAGUAAGAAGAAAAAGAGCAAAGAUAAGAAGAGAAAAAGAGAAGAAGAUGAAGAAACCCAGCUUGAUAUUGUUGGAAUCUGGUGGACAGUAACAAACUUUGGUGAAAUUUCAGGAACCAUAGCCAUUGAAAUGGAUAAGGGAACCUAUAUACACGCACUCGACAAUGGCCUUUUUACCCUGGGAGCUCCACACAAAGAAGUUGAUGAGGGCCCUAGUCCCCCAGAGCAGUUGACGGCUGUCAAACUAUCUGAUUCCAGAAUUGCCCUGAAAUCUGGCUAUGGAAAGUAUCUUGGUAUCAAUUCAGAUGGGCUUGUUGUUGGGCGUUCAGAUGCAAUUGGACCAAGAGAACAAUGGGAACCAGUCUUUCAAAAUGGGAAAAUGGCUUUAUUGGCUUCAAAUAGCUGCUUUAUUAGAUGCAAUGAAGCUGGGGACAUAGAAGCAAAAAGUAAGACAGCAGGAGAAGAAGAAAUGAUCAAGAUUAGAUCCUGUGCUGAAAGAGAAACCAAGAAAAAAGAUGACAUUCCAGAAGAAGACAAAGGAAAUGUAAAACAGUGUGAAAUCAAUUAUGUAAAGAAAUUUCAGAGCUUCCAAGACCACAAACUUAAAAUAAGUAAAGAAGACAGUAAAAUUCUUAAAAAGGCUCGGAAAGAUGGAUUUUUGCAUGAGACGCUUCUGGACAGGAGAGCCAAAUUGAAAGCCGACAGAUACUGCAAAUGACUGGAAUUUUUGUUUCUGCUUUAUCUUUUUGUGUUUUUUUCUGAAUAAAAUAUUCAGAGGAAAUGCUUUUAAAGAGUU